AUUUAUUUGGGAUUUUUGGGGAUUUUUUUGGGAAUUGUUUGGGAAAUUUUGAGGAUUAUUUUGGGGAAUUUUUUUGAGGAAUUUUUGGGGAAAAUUUUGGGAAUUUUUUGAGGAAUUUUUGGGGAAAUUUUUGGGAAUAUUUUAGGGGGAAAUUUUUAAUUUUUGGGGAAUAUUUUUGUGAAUUUUUUGUGGAUUAUUUUGGGAAUUUUGGGGGAAAUUUUGGGAUUUUUUGGAAUAUUUUUGGGAAUAUUUUGGGAAGUUCUCCUGUUAAUUUGAACUCCAAAAUUCCAAAUUUCAUUCCGAUUUUCCCCUUUUCCCACAGGAAUUUCUCCCCAUCCCCGGAUUCUUUUGGGACGUUUUCACCCCAAAUUUUUGGGGGAUUUUUUUUGCAAUUUUUUCCUCCAUUUUUCUUUCAAUUUUUUGGAAUUUUUGGGGAAUAUUUUGAAUUUUUGAAGAUUUUCCAUGACCAUCCACAACCUUUACAUCUUCGACCGCAGCGGCCGCUGCCUCUUCUACAGCGAAUGGCACCGACGGAGGGGGCCCGGAAUUCCACAGGAGGAGGAGUUCAAGCUGAUGUUUGGGAUGCUUUUCUCGCUUCGCUCCUUCGUGGCCAAGAUGAGUCCCACGGACAUGCGGGACGGCUUCGUGUCGUUCCACACCAGCCGCUACCGCCUCCAUUACCUGGAGACGCCGUCGGGGCUGCGCCUGGCGCUCAACACCGACCUGGGCGUGCCCAGCGCCCGCGAGGCCCUGCAGCACAUCUACGGCAACCUUUUUGUGGAGCUGGUGGUGAAGAAUCCGCUGUGCCCCCCCGCCCCCAUCCAGAGCCUCCUGUUCCGGCAGCGCCUCGACGCCUUCGUGCGCAGCCUGCCCUACUUCGGGCCCCGGAACCCCAACAACUGAGCCCAGAUCGGGGAAAUCCGCCCAAAAAUGGGAUCGGCCACCCCAAAAACCCCAAAAUUGGGAUCGGCGACCCCAAAAACCCCAAAAAUGGGAU